GGCCCAGUGAUUGAAGGGAAGAAAGGAUUCUUAGUGAAGCGAUGUGGCUCGUGAGCUCUCCCGACGUCGCCGUCCGCCACGCUUCUCGCCUACUCCGCACAACCUUCUUUCCAAGAUCGCCGCGGUAUACGCGUCCAGCUCUCUCCUCUUCUUCUUGCGCUUCCUCCCCUUUUAUAAACAAGAAUCUGGUUAGCACCAAGAAACCAUCUCUCGGCACCGAUCGAUUUAGGUCCAUCAGAAAGGAUAUCUCUCCAAGGUGUUCAGGGUCAAUGGAUAGAUUAACAUUGUCACAUUGUGGGAGAAAGCAAGCAACAGUGCGAACGUGCACCGUCUCUGGCUUUCCCAUUGAGUUGCUUGAGAUGCGCUCUGAAGAAUCCUCAUUGCAUGUUCUUUUAAUCCCCGGAAACCCAGGUAUUGUAUUGUACUAUAAGGACUUUGUCGAAGCAAUCUAUCAACUACUGGAAGGGCAGGCAUCUGUAACAGCAAUUGGGCAUAUUUGUCAUGCAGCAAAGGAUUGGGAGCAUGGAAGGAUGUUUUCAUUGGAAGAACAAAUUAAUCAUAAGGUGGACUUUAUUGAACAAGAGUACCAGAAUAGUGAACAUCCACUUAUAUUGGUUGGACAUUCUAUUGGAUCAUAUAUAUGUUUGGAAAUCUUUAAGAGGCUUCAACAACAGGUGAAAUAUGUUAUAGGUCUUUAUCCAUUUUUGUCACUGAACAAGAGUUCUUUGAAGCAAUCAAUGAUUGGCUUAAUUUCAAGAUCCUCCAUUGUAAGUACAACCAUUAGUUAUUUUGUAUCAUUUUUGGGGUCAUUACCAACCCGGGUUCAAGUUGCUAUGGUGAGAAAGUGCCUUGGGCAGUCAUGGUCUUCUACAGCUGUUGAUGCUACUUGCAGUCACCUUUUGCAGUAUCAUACGAUGCGAAAUAUGCUUUUCAUGGCAAUGACAGAGUUUGAGAAGUUGUCAGAAGAGCCAGACUGGAUGUUUGUGAAAAAGAAACAUAACCAAAUCUCUCUUCUUUUUGGCAUUGAUGACCACUGGGGCCCACUUUCACUUUUUGAAGAGGUUUCCCGGAUGGUGCCAGGUCUUGCUUUAUCAAUCGAAAGAGAGGGCCACAUGCAUGCUUUCUGCUGCACUGAAGCUGGCUCCUCGUGGGCCGGCCACCAUGUAGCAACCUUGAUCAAGAAUCAAAUUGCAAAGUGAAACGAGACAAUGAAAGGUAAUUUCAUUGUUCUUUGUGUAAGAUUUAUCACUAAUGGUGCUGAAGAAAUGCCAGCAAAUUGAUGCUCUAUCAAGCUGUGGGCUGCGUUUCUUCCCCUUCCGCCAGGGCAAGACUGCCUAUGCCUUGAUUCUAGCAUCAUUCAUUCCAGCAAAUUGCUGUAGAGUGAACUCUUUAUGUAUGCCUAUCUAAAUAUUUAUUCAGAAAAAAAUUAUUGCUGGAAUAUAGACAAAUUUGGGUCAAUGGAAACUGAAGAUACAGAUCUUUUGUUAAAUGGAGUUGUUGAAGUCUGUGACAUGUUCAGGCUGGUAUCUGCAUGCAAUGGGCCAAUUUAUUUGACUGGUCAUGGUCAAUGGUCCUCUCUUAUCUGCAAUAAAUGUAACAUUGCACCUCUGGGCAUACUUACCUAGGGGAACCUACCACCCAUGUUAUAAUUCCUAAACCUCUGAUCCCGCAGUGGUUUCAAGUGCUGGCUUUUGACUGUUUCAGUAUUUGCAGGUUGGCUAUGGCAUUUAUUUUCUAUUUAAUGUUCCUGUAUGAAUUAUUAUUUCCUGUUUGGCAUUUUGAGCCACUGUGAUUACUUGUUGAAUAAAGACUUCAAAUUUGAACACUGGCCUGCUGAAUCAAGAUUUCAAAGCCACAGUGCUAUUUAUCUCCUCGCGAUCAAAUCUGAUCUCUAUCCUGCAAGGGCUGGUGAAGGAGAAGGCAUGCUCUUUCAUGUUUCUUCAGCCCAACACUUGUUGGAUUCUCUGCUGUCGAGCAUGGAUAUCUCUUGUGACAAGGGCCAAUGCUCGUGAUCAACAUUCACAUCAAUUUUUUGGCUCUCACAACACACAACUGCAGUUCCAACCUGUUGCAAAAUACGGGAGGAGAUCAACAUACUUCUUGGGUCUAGAGCAGUCAUAAUGGGCACCUUACUUUAAUCAAGAAGCAAUGCCCAUGUCUAUCAAGAACCCACAGGAGGCAUCCACCGCCAUGUGAUCAAUGCAACAAGUGGUAUAUCAUCAGAUGGUUGUGUGAUCUCCAAGGUGAUCAAAACAAUGUUGCAUCUUGUCGAGCUGAGAUGUGGAAUAUAGUAAGGUUUCUUGAGCAGUGUUGUCAUAUGUUGAAAAGGUAGUCAGACCAAGAAGCAUUAAUUGCACAGGAAACAACGGCUUGUUUUGCAUGGGUUUAGAAGCUUCGCAGUUGAAACCACAGACAAUAAUGCAAUUUAUAUUGGCCUACUCGUCCUUCUCUCCGAGUUAAAGUAGUCAUGGAGAUUCAUGCACUCAAAAGUUUAACAGAGGCUCCAUGUGCAAAGCUUUGUCAAGUCGCUUGCACCAGGCAAAAGUUUUGAGGCAGCUUCAAUAAUGCAAGAGCAACUGUCACCUUAGUUUGUCCUGCUUUCUGAACUCAGAUAAUUCUCCUUUUUUAGUCAUAAAAACAAGAUUUUUUUUUUCUGGACAUUCACAUGCUAUUUAACUGCAAUUAUUCCUCCUCUUUUUAUUUUUAGAUAUUUGUAGAAUUCUUGGUAUAGUUGAAUUGUGAUAGCUUGUUCUGACAGAAUUGUGAUAAAUUAUUCAUCUUAAUUAAUCUUUUUGUGACAUA